AAAGCUUGGUGGGCGGCGCGGCACCUUACAGCAGCACGGCUCCAGCAGCAGAGGCGGCAGCAGUAGGUGCACCACGCUGCUCGAAGCGAGGCGUUGUCGGAUCUGCAAACAGUAAUUUCGUGCACUAGUAAAGAAGCUUAAUGAGUGAGAUUACAUUGCAUGAACCAAACUUUACACUUAUAAAGUUCGAGCACCCUUUGUUGGUGGCCUCAUACCAAGUAAUAAGAAAGUGUUGUGAAAACUAUUUGGAAGCUUCACCGUAAAAUUGAAUAGAGGUCAUUUUAAGCAUGGGAAACCGACGAGUCUUUGACAUCCUCUGUUUUGCUGUCCUGAGUGCAGUCCCAGGGGAGUCUUCAAUCUGGGACUCCCUCACGCCGGCGUUGGAUAGGGCAGCCUCCUACGGCUACUACCUGAUGGGGUACGGUCCGCCAACCUAUGCUGGCUACCACGAUGGCGUGGAUUUUCCUAUCAAUCCAGGCACUAUUUGGAACGGCCACAUCCCGGUGGGGGACUUUGUGUCACCCAUCAUCUCGGCACUCGGCUCAGGCCAAGGAGGAUACAGCGACCGGGUUGUGAAAGGCUACGAGAACCGACUGGGCCUGAGGGUUGCGUUACCUUAUCUGGGCGACUUCCAGGUGACUCGUGAACUUGGUCCCGGCAAGUUCCUGGACAAGCUGGGGCCUGGAAAGUUCCCGUACCCAGGGCUGCAGGGCGUGAAGGGGCAGCACAAGGCGUCCUCAGGGCAGCACCACGAGUACGCCCCAGCCCCGUCCACCACCCAUGCUCCUGACAUGUACAACGGCCUCAAAAACUACCCUUGGUACAGGAGGAGGAGAUAGUGAACGUUUAUGUACACUCCUUGUUUGUGUUUUUUUUUUUUUUAUCUCUCUCUGUCUCUCAACAGCAGCGUCCUCCUUGUGUCAGUAAUGUUGAUGGAUACGUAAUUGCAGCUUGAUUUUACUCCACAUAAUAUUGAUAUAUUACAUGAUUAUAAUUGACUGAUUGAUUGUUUUUAGUGUUGCAAAAAGGCUUAAUUUAUAGAUUAGGGAGAGGAGAGCUGCUUUCCAUCAUAUCUGGUCAUUAAAUGAGAGGGUGUAAAAAUUAGAGGAAAUGCGGAUUCAGUGCUAGGACAUACAGGUAAAGGUGGGUGGGUCUUGUUUAUUAAUACGCUAUGAUAUUCAAGUUUCGUGUGUAUGUAUGUUCAUAUAGAGCGUGGGUAGGAGGUUGCAUGACAUGGUUACCAUCUAGGGGCAUAUUGUUAUAAUAAUAAUAAUAAUAAUAAUAAUAAUUAUUAUUAUUAUUAUUAUUAUUAUUAUUAUUAUUAUUAUUAUUAUUAUUAUUAAUUAUUAUUAUUAUUUUCAUUGUUAUUAUUAUCAUCAUUAUUAUUAUUAUCGCCAUCAUUAUCAUCAUUAUUUCAUACACAUUUUCAUUAUCAUAAGUUUUGAUGUAAUAGCUAGAGUGAAUUCACAAGGCAGCAGUUCAACCUUUUGAUUUCAUUAAAAUAAAACUACUUAUAAAAAGGAAAAUAUACUGCCACAAAGGGACUAUAAAGUUUUACACUGAUAUUGACUGAUACGAGAGGGAACCUAAUAAAUAAUUCAUGUUGAAGAGGCUGGUGUGUGUAUAAUCUUUUAGAGAAAGCUUGUGGUUUUUUAUCUGUUCGGGGGAAAGCUCUCUUCAGGGGGACUCAGCUCAGAGAAUGCCAAGAAAAAUUUAACAUCCACCAUGCAGGAAUACGCAGUCACGUAAAUAAACAUGCCCGAGUUGAAAUUUCAUUCCUGCAAAAUAAUUAAAAAAGGACUACAGGCAUGAAGGAGAAAGAGGAGAAUGAGGAAGAAGAAGAGGAGGCGGAGGAGAAGGGCGAAGAGGUGAAUGCAUAAGAGGUACGUGGGAGGAGGGAGAUUAGGAAGAUAAGGAAUCGCAUUGGAAAAAUAAGGGAAAUAUGUGUGUGUGUGUGUGUGUGUGUGUGUAAUUCACCA